CGAAAUUUGACUAUUAUGAGUACGAGGCAUAAAGAGCAGUUACUAGUAUCUGCUGAGAAAGACCCUUAAUUUGGAAGUCAUGAGUAUCUUUUAUUUUUUAUUUAUAAUAUUAUAAAGCAUGUUGUAAUAUGAAACACGUUUUGUCUUUAAAAGCAUAUAGUAUAAAUUAAGAGACUGGACUGACAUAAAGAAACUAUAUUCGGUUUCUCUUAAUUAUUACAAACUCUCUCUUAUCUAACACAAACUCACUCACGUGUUCACUGAGUUUGAGUUCAGUUUUUUCUUAGUAUUAUUUAAGAUGGCUAGAACUCCUUCUUGUGACAAAAGUGGAAUGAGGAAAGGUACUUGGACUGCUGAAGAAGAUAGGAAAUUAAUUGCUUAUGUUACUAGAUAUGGUUGCUGGAAUUGGCGCCAACUUCCUAAGUUUGCAGGUCUUGCAAGGUGUGGAAAGAGUUGUAGAUUGAGGUGGAUGAAUUAUCUUAGGCCUAAUAUCAAAAGAGGGAACUUUACUCAAGAUGAAGAGGAGUUGAUUAUCAAAAUGCAUAAAAAGAUGGGGAAUAAAUGGUCUACCAUUGCGGCUGAAUUACCUGGAAGAACAGAUAACGAAGUGAAGAAUCAUUGGCACACUUCACUCAAGAAGAGAGCUGAGGACAACACAAAAACAAAUCAAGAAACCCAAACCUCAAAAUCAAAAGACAUUAAUAUGGAAUCAACACAAGAACAAGAUAUUGUCUUUUUCCAUGUUACUCCAACUAGUUCCCAAUUUUCAGACACCACUAGCCCAUUAUCCCCAUUUUCUUCCUCAAGUGAAGUCUCUUCUAUAGAUCAAAGUAAUGAAAAUUUGGUGCUUGAAGAUGAAUUUGGUUUUCUAGAAAAUGUGGAUGAAAGUUUUUGGAAAGACCCAUAUUUGGAUAACAUUUCCAACACACAAAGUGGAAUAGUGCAAGGAGAUACUACUAAUAAUUGUGCUUAUCAAAAUCAAGAUACUAUGAUCCAUGAAGAUGCUUUUUUAGUGUCUCCUAAUCAUUCGUCCAAUGAAAGUUUGUUUAUGGAUAAUAAUGAUUUGUUUGGAAGCUUUCUAGAAUCUUACAGAGAGUCAACAGUUGAUAGUUUUUGGACACAUCCAUUUGUUGCUGACAUGUGCCAUGUUCCUAGUGAAUUGGUAACACCUUUGGCAAUGGAAUCUGACUAUUUUUCUAUAGUAUACGAUGAAGAUCUUUGGAGUUGAAGUAGUAAUAAUUUGUAAGGAAUUAAUAUUAGCCUCUUUUAGUUAGUUAAUAAAACAACCCUAUCCUUGGUGUGUAUGUGGUGAAUUUUGAAAAACAUUUUUAUUCUAUUAAAAAAUAUAUUAUGUUUGGCAA